AAAUUUCGGGGGUAGAGGUUGCACCUCCCACCGACUUCCCUGCCACCCUCCCCAAUUCCCAGCGUCAACUCGAGCAGGCGGUGGGAUACUACGGGUCACCAACUUGGGAAACUUUUCUUCCAUGGCUCAGGCCACACUCCUGGAUCAAGCCAACAGGAGAGCUUUCGGUGUGGACCUGAAAACGGCCGCAGAUGAAGAUGGCAAGCAUCCGCUGCAGACUGGCCAGAUACCUGGAGGACUUGGAGGAUGUAGACUUUAAGAAAUUCAAAAUGCACUUAGAAGACUAUCCUCCUCAGAAGGGCUGCAUCUCACUCCCACGGAGUCAGACAGAGAAGGCAGACCAUGUGGAUCUAGCCACCCUGAUGAUUGAUUUCAAUGGGGAAGAGAAAGCGUGGGCCAUGGCCGUGUGGAUUUUUGCUGCAAUCAACAGGAGAGACCUCUAUGAGAAAGCUAAGAGGGAUGAGCCAGAGUGGGGCAACACACAGGUUUCUAAUCCCCAUGUGAUAUACCAACAAGAGAGCAUUGAAGAGGAGUGGAUGGGUUUACUGGGGUGCCUUACCAAGUUGUCUAUCUGUAAAAAGAAGAAAGAUUACUGUAAAAAGUACAGAAAAUACGUGAGAAGCAGAUUCCAGUGCAUUGAAGACAGGAAUGCCCGCCUGGGUGAGAGCGUGAGCCUCAGCAGACGCUACACGCGGCUGCAGCUGGUCAAGGAGCACCGCAGCCAGCAGGAGCGGGAGCACGAGCUUGUGGCCAUUGGCAGGACCAAAACCUGGGACAAGCCCAUGAGUCCCAUUAAGAUGGAAUUGCUAUUUGAACCUGAGUAUGAAUUCUCUGAGCCCGUGCACACUGUGGUAUUUCAGGGAGUGGCAGGUAUUGGAAAGACGAUAUUGGCCCGCAAGAUUAUGUUGGACUGGGCAUCAGGGAAGCUUUACCAAGACAAGUUUGACUAUUUGUUCUAUAUUCACUGUCGGGAGGUGAGCCUAGUGACACAGAGAAGUCUGAGGGACCUGAUGGUCAGCUGCUGCCCUGAUCCAAACCCACCCAUAUGCAAGAUUGUGAGCAGGCCUUCCAGGAUCCUCUUCCUCAUGGACGGCUUUGACGAGCUGCAGGGUGCCUUCGACGAGCACACAGGGGCUCUGUGCACCGACUGGCAGAAGGCUGAGCGCGGAGACAUUCUCCUGAGCAGCCUUAUAAGAAAGAAGCUGCUUCCCGAGGCUUCUCUGCUCAUCACCACAAGGCCCGUGGCCCUAGAGAAGCUGCAGCACCUGCUGUACCAUCCCCGUCACAUAGAAAUCCUGGGUUUCUCAGAGGCCAAAAGGAAGGAGUAUUUCUUCAAGUAUUUCUCAGAUGAGACCCAGGCCAGGGAAGCCUUCAAACUGAUUCAGGAGAAUGAGGUCCUCUUCACCAUGUGUUUUAUUCCCCUGGUCUGCUGGAUUGUGUGCACUGGACUGAAACAGCAGAUGGAGAGUGGCAAGAGUCUUGCCCAGACAUCUAAGACCACCACAGCAGUCUAUACCUUUUUCCUUUCCAGUUUGUUGCAAUCCCGAGGAGGGAGCCAUGAGCACUACCUUGCUUCGCACCUUCGGGGCCUCUGCUCUUUGGCUGCAGAUGGAAUCUGGAACCAAAAAAUCCUCUUCGAUGAGUCUGACCUCAGAAAACACGGCCUGCAAAAGGUGGAUGUGUCCUCUUUCCUAAGGACGAACCUGUUCCAAAAGGAAGUGGACUGUGAGAAAUUCUACAGCUUCAUCCAUAUGACUUUCCAGGAGUUCUUUGCUGCCAUGUACUACCUGCUGGAAGAGGAGGAAGUGGAGGAAGAGGAAAGGAUGAGGAAUGUGCUGGGGAGGAGUUUGAAGCUUCCCAACAGAGAUGUCACAGUCCUUCUUGAGAACUAUGGUAAAUUUGAGAAGGGCUAUUUGAUUUUUGUUGUCCGUUUCCUUUUUGGCCUGGUAAACCAGGAAAGGACCUCUUACUUGGAGAAAAAAUUAAGUUGCAAGAUCUCUCAGCAAAUCAGGCCGGAGUUGCUGAAAUGGAUUGAAGUGAGUGCCAAGGCCAAGAAGCUGCAGAUUCAGCCCAGCCAGCUGGAAUUGUUUUACUGUUUGUAUGAGAUGCAGGAGGAGGACUUUGUGCAAAGGGCCAUGAACCACUUCCCCAAAAUCGAGAUCAAUCUGUCCACCAGAAUGGACCAUGUGGUUUCUUCCUUUUGUAUUGCAAACUGCCAUAGUGUAGAAUCACUUUCCCUGGGGUUUCUGCAUAAUACGCCUAAGGAGGAAGAAGAGGAAGAGGAGGAAGAUCGACACCUCGACAUGGUCCAGCGUGUCCUCCCAGGUCCUCACACUGCCUGUUUCCACCGAUUGGUGAACUGCUAUCUCACUUCCAGCUUUUGCCGAGGCCUCUUCUCAGUUCUAAGCACCAACCAGAGCCUAACUGAAUUGGACCUCAGUGACAACACUCUGGGGGACCCGGGGAUGAGGGUGCUGUGUGAAGCACUCCAGCAUCCCGGCUGCAACAUUCAGAGACUGUGGUUGGGGCGGUGUGGACUUUCCCAUCAGUGCUGCUUCGACAUCUCCUUGGUCUUGAGCAGCAACCAGAAGCUGGUAGAAUUGGACCUGAGUGACAACACCCUCGGAGACUUCGGAAUCAGACUCCUGUGUGUGGGACUGAAGCAUCUAUUCUGCAAUCUGAAGAAGCUCUGGUUGGUCAGCUGCUGUCUCACAUCAGCAUGUUGUCAGGAUCUCGCGUCCGUCCUGAGCACCAAUCGCUCCUUGACCAGACUCUAUGUGGGGGAAAACACCUUGGGAGACUCAGGAGUUGGAAUUUUAUGUGAAAAAGCCAAACAUCCACAAUGUAACCUGCAGAAACUGGGGUUGGUGAAUUCUGGCCUUUCAUCAGUUUGUUGUGCAGCUUUGUCCUCAGUGCUCAGCAGUAAUCCGAACUUCACACACCUUUACCUACGAGGCAACACUCUUGGAGACAUGGGGGUCAAGAUGCUCUGUGAGGGGCUCUUGCACCCCAACUGCAAGCUUCAGGUCUUGGAAUUAGAAAACUGCAGUCUUACCUCACACUGCUGCUGGGAUCUUUCCACGCUUUUGACUUCUAACCGGAGGCUGCGAAAGCUGAGUCUGGGCAACAAUGACCUGGGUGACCUGGGCGUCAUGAUGCUCUGUGAAGUCCUAAGGCAGCAGAGCUGCCUCCUUCAAAGCUUGCAGUUAUGUGAAAUGUAUUUCAAUUAUGAGACAAAAUGUGCAUUAGAAACACUUCGAGAAGAAAAGCCUGAGUUGACCGUUAUCUUUGAGCCUUCUUGGUAGGGUGGAAACAGGGCUGCCGAAAGCCGAUAUGGUUCGGCCCUUACCAUCCAGCUGUCCACAAGUGGAGUGAGCCUUAUCCAUCCAGGGUCAAGACUACAGCUCUGUGAUGCUUCUGAUCCAGUGUCAGAGAACAUGAUGCCUUCUUGUACAGAACCUGAGCAUCUCCUUUAUCUCUGGGUGAAGAUACCACAGUGAUAAAAUCAUGCAGAUAAUACUGUUCUCAUCACAGUUCCUCAGUUAGAGGGUGCGAUGACCUCAGGGUCAUGAGGUCCUCCUGGUGACCUCAUGUAAUUAGCUCAUUCACUAAAACAUUUUUACUAUCUUUCUUUUUAUCUUCCUACUCUCCUUACCAUUUUUCUUCUUUGUUCUGUUUACUUUUGCUCAGAUCAUCAUUCCUGGUUUCUGACCACAACGCAGAACUAGUUGACUAUAUAUUAUGCUGCAGUUUUUUUGGCAGCUACUUAUUUAUUUUUAAUUUUUUGUAAUGGUUAUGUUUUCUAAUAAGAAUAAUUCAUGCUUAUUAUAGCCAGUUGAAAAUUCAGAAAUAUAAAAAACUUUGUUUUAUAUUUGUUGAGUUUAAUUCUUUCCUUUUUUUAAAUUUAAAAACAGAGUGCUGGGCGGCGACUGUGGCUCAAAGGAGUAGGGCGCCAGCCCCAUAUACUGGAGGUGGUGGGUUCAUACCUGGCCCGGGCCAAAAACUGCAAAAAAAAAAAAAAAAAAAACAGAGUGCCUAGAAAUCUUUUAAGUUAUUUAUCUAAACUACUGAAGAUAAAUUAGAUUCCUUUUGCAUUCUUACAAUCUCUUUGCCAAAUGAUUCAAUAAUUCAUGGAAAAAGAAAUCACCUCACCCUAACUCUGAUGAGUGGAAUUUCAGCUGUGUAGGACAGGAGGGCAAACAUCAUUUGGGACGAGGUUUUAGAGUAGUUGAACCUACACUCAUAAAUAAAAUAUUAUGUAGAAAAUGUGCCUUGCCUUUAGUUGUUAACAAAGGGGACGGGGGUUUAGAGUAGUUGAAACUAUACUCAUAAACAAAAUAUUAUGUAGAAAAUGUGCCUUGCCUUUAGUUGUAUGGAUAGAUCCCAUCUGUGGAAUAGUUCAUCUAUCAUGCUCAAAUCAUAAAUAAAUGUUGAUUAAUUGCUUCUCUGCCAAUGGACAACUUUUGAACCAUGUGGAAUUGCUCAGGUUGGAAAUGUUACUUCCCCUAUACAAUGAGCCAUUCAUAAUUCCGCUACUCAGAGUGUGGCCUAUGUAUGAACUGUUGAUGGAAGGAGCUUGUAUACAAGAAUGCAAAUCAAUCACAUUAGUAAACAUGCUUUUUAGAUAAGCUGACUUUUAAAAAAAAUAGAAGACUAUCUUAAUCAAGGAAGCAGGAGAUGAUUUAUGUUCUGGUGCAAACUCUAUGUCUAGCACUUUUGGGUAGCACUGAUGAAGAGAUUUGCUUUCUGUAUCUUAGUGAAGUACACUUUUGCAAACUGCCUCCCUGCUGCAAACACUAAAACCAGUGUAUGGUGCCCCAUGAUUGCAUUAAUGUACACAGCUAUGAUUUAAUAAAAAAAUAAAUAAAUAAAAUAAAUAAAAAAUAAAAACAUACAGCUGAGCUUGAAGAGAGAAAGAGAACCUUUGGACAUUAGGAACAUAAAAUUGGCUUGAUACACUUAAGAGGUUACCCCUCGUUGGCUCAGAGGAGUACCUAGAUAAAUAAUAUGACUAUUCAUUUGGAAAAAAAUCCGUGAGGGUUUCCACACUUUUAGAACUGAAAAAUGGGCCAGGCGUCUGGGAAGCCGAGGUGAGUGGAUUGCUUGAGCUCUGGAGUUUGAAACAGCCUGAACGAGCGCGAGACUCUACCUCUACUAAAAAUAGAAAAGUUAGUUGGGCGUUAUGGUGGGCAUCUGUAGUUCUAGCUACUUGGAAGAAUGAGGCAAGAGGAUUGCUCAUGCUCAAGAGUUUGAGGUUGCUGUGAGCUAUGAUGAUGCCUCUAUCCAGGGUGACAGAGUGAGACUGUCUCAAAAAAAAAAUAAAUAAAAAGAGUAAAGUUUCUUGUAGAAUUAUCAAUUAUAAUCAUCAGCAUGAAUUUGAAAAAAAUCAUUCUUUCUUACCACAAUAGGAAAGGUUGAAUCAGGCAUGAAGCAUCAGGGGAUAAUAACUAAAGCUAAAAGGACAUUUUAAUGAGGGACAGGAUAGUUGCCUGAAAGUAUCUCUCUAUAGAUGAUUAAUCAGUUACACAAGACAAAUAGUAACUAUCUAAAGUGUAGAAACUGGACAAUACGUUGACCACAUAGUGAAAAAUAAGAUUAGUGAGAGCAGAUGGACAUUUGCUUUCAGGUGAGAUACCUGAGAACCAAUUACCACCUAUGUAGGAUUAUGGAUGAAAUGAGUAACCAGAAUCUAGUCAUCAGGAUAGAUCAGAGAAACUCCAAAUGGGGAAAUUCUACUAAAAGGGGAGGAGGAUAGUAUUCUUCAUAAAUGUAAAUGCUAAUGUUACAGUGAGUAAAUCUGGUGGGGGUCAGGGAAGUGUUCUUUAUAUUAUUCUUGCAACUUUUCUGCAUACAUGGCAUUAUUUCCAAACGGAAAGUUAAAAAUUAACACAGCAUUCCUAAGUACCUACAAUUCAAAAUGUUGUAAAAAUUAUCAGGUAUCUGGAAUAAAUCUUCAAAAAUUGUGCAAAAAUCGGGCAGCGCCUGUGGCUGAAAGAAGUAGGGCGCCGGCCACAUAUACGGGGGGGGUUCAAACCCGGCCCUGGCCAAAAAAAAAAAAAAAAACAACUACAAAACUUGUGAAAAAAUCAUACAAAAGAAAACUGAAACAAAGGGAGAGAUGUGUCAUACUUAAAGAUGGGAAGAUUCAACAGCAUGGCAAUGCCAGUGCUCCUGACAAUAAAUUGGAAUCCCUGUAAUUGAAAUGAACAUGCUGAAAAGGAUUUUUAUGGGAUUAAGCAAGAUGAUUCUUUAAAGUACUUUGUUGAGGUAUGAUUGACAUCCAAAAAGCUGUAUUUGGUUAAUGUUUACAAUUGACUAAUUUGGAAAUGAAUAUACACCUAAGAAACCAUCACCAGAAGGCCAUAAACUCAUCCAUUAUCUUCAAAAAGUUCAUCCUGCCCCAUUAUUAAUUAGUUAAUUAGUUUAUCAAUGUGUUUUCUUUUGUAAUAAGAUCUACUUUCUUAGCAAAUUUUUACAUUACAAGUAGAUCUUAUUACAAGAUCUUAGCAAAUGUAUACAAUAUAGUGUCAUUAACUACAGCCCCUAUCUUCUGUAGAGGAUCUCCAGAACUUACUCAUCUUGCAAAACUGAAACUAGACAUUUUGAGGGACAUCUCCCCAUUUCUCUUUCCUGUGGGUCUCUAGUAACCAUCAUUCUACACUCUGGUUCUUUGAAUUGGAGUAUUUUAGAAUCUGCAGGUUCGAGAGGAUAAAGUGUUUGUCUUUCUGUGUCUGGCUUACUUCACUUAGCAUAAUAUCCUCCAGGUCCAUCAAAUUGUUGCAAAUAACAGGAUUUCCUCCUUCUUCUUCUUUUUUGUUUUUUUUUGAUGCAGUCUUAUUCUGUUUCCCUGGAUAGAGUGCUGCUGAGUCUUUCUAACUCACAGCAACGUCAGACUCUCAGCUCUAGUAAUCCUCUUGCCUCAGCUUCCCCAGUGGGUGGGAUGAUGUCUGGGGCUGAUUUCUCUAUGAGAAAUAGAAAAAUUUUGCUGAGGCUGGUCUCAAGCUCUUGGCUUCAAGCAAUCCUCCUGCCUUAGACUGCCAGAGGGCUACCAGGUGGGCAGCCAGGCUUCUGUCUUUUUGAAGGCUGAAUAAAAUUCCAUUGUAUCUAUACAGCUCAUUUUCUUUAUCCAUCAUCGACUGAUGGACAUUUCAGUUCUUUCCAUAUCUUGGGAUUGUGAAUAAUGCUGCAAUAAAUGUGGGAGUGUAAAUAUCUCAGAGAUUCUGAAUGUAAAUUCAUUGGAUAUAUACUCAGAAGUGGGAUUAUUGGAUCAUAUGGUAGGUAGUUCUAUUUUGGGUUUUUCAAGGAAACGCCAGACUAAUUUCUGUAGUAAUCAUGCUAAUUUACAUUGCUACCAAUAGUGCCUAAGUGUUCUCUCACUCCACAUCCUCACCAACGCUUGUCAUCUUUUGCCUUUUUUUCACAUAAAUUGGAUUUAAUUUUGACCAAAGUACAUUACUUCAACAUUAAUUUUUAAUUCAACUUGUUAAUAUGUUGUUUAAGAUAUUGCAUCCUCAUUUAUAGGUGAAAUAUGUUUGUAAUUUCCCUUUAUAAUAAUAUAUUUUUUCCAAUUUUUUUAUUAAGUCAUUUGUACAUAAGUCAUAAAUACAUUUAUGCCAU